AUGAAUCAUUUAAAAGUAAUUCUCGAUCGACUUAUCGAUGAGAACCUUUUGUCGACUAGUGGUUCUAGCGCUACUUCACAGCACCGAGUUUUAAGACCAGAGGUAUAUGGCGAUUUUGAACAAAAUGACGAAAAAGAUCCUGAUAUUGAAGAAAUCGAAGAACCAAGAUGGAAGGACCUUUUCGAAGAAUAUUUCCUCGAUAAUAAUGAUAAUAAACAUGAUGAUUUGUUAUUUUUUGUGAGAAAAGAUAAUUCAGAAGACGAUCCAGUAUUCGUUAAACGAAAACCCAAUCAACGGGGAGUGAAAGACUUAGACGUUAAUGAUACAGUAUUAUGGAAAGAAACAUUUUUGUUAAAUCUAAUUGUUCAGUUACCUUGCAAGUUAACUGUCGCCGUAUGUACUCGCUCAACCGACAACUCAAAUGAAUUGAAUCCAAAAACCAGCAUGAUUUGUUCUAGAAAACACGUAUCUAAAAGAGUCUAUGCCCUCCCAACAAAAUCCCGGAUGGACAUUAAAGAAUCAUCAAUGGAGUGCUCUUAUCCAUUAAUUUACUAUGUUAUCGAUGAUUAUGAGGAAAUGUUUGAACAUUUGAUUGUAACCCAAGGAGAAUAUUUGUGUGUUGAGUUAGCAGCGACAAUAACGAAUAAAUCGGAUGAUGAUGAUCUUAGCGAUAGGGACAAUGAAAGCAGUGAUGGUUAUUACAAUGAAUCUGGUGCAGCUCCUUACUCAGCCUUGGUUGACAUUUACAAACAGAAGGCUGCUGGUAAAUUAAAUAGAAGAUUUAAAAUGGGUCCUGUCACACCACCAACGGAGUAUGUCAUGAUGCGAGGGCCAUCAGCGAAAGGGCACGCACAGGUGGCAAUUACCGCUUCAUCUUUAGAUGAAAUAAAUGAUGAUGGCUUUUUAGAAAUUGCUAGUCCCUCAUCUUUAACUCAUCAAAGUUGGUCUGGAGACGGCAAUAAUACAAUACCAAGUGCACAGAAUGGUGGAGCAUCGGCUCGUAAUUCGCAGACAAUAUCCGCGAAUUCAUUCUUUCAAUCGUUGAAAAAAAUCUCGCAAGUUAUCGCGGAAAGACCUUCGGCGGAUCCCGAAAGUCUAAAAUGUUGCAUGACUUUUGUAAAUGUCCACUGGAACGAUAUUAUUAAGUAA